UUAUGUCUUCUCCUGUCCUCUGUGAUCAUCACAAACUAAUGAAACACCUUUUUAGGUCUUAUGAAUUUAGGUCACACUGUUUUCCAAUGCUCUGGCAGCUGAAACAGGGGCCUAUGAAAAAUGGAACCAAACUCUCUGAGGACUAAAGUCCCAGCUUUCUUAUCUGAUUUGGGGAAGGCCACAUUGAGAGGAAUUAGAAAGUGUCCCCGAUGCGGCACAUACAAUGGAACUCGGGGACUGAGCUGUAAGAACAAGACAUGUGGAACCAUAUUCCGUUACGGUGCACGGAAGCAGCCUAGUGUUGAAGCUGUCAAAAUCGUAACAGGCUCUGAUCUGCAGGUCUACUCAGUGCGACAAAGAGACCGGGGCCCCGAUUACCGAUGCUUUGUGGAACUAGGUGUUUCAGAGACGACAAUCCAGACGGUAGAUGGGACAAUCAUCACUCAGCUGAGCUCUGGACGGUGUUAUGUCCCCUCCUGCCUGAAAGCUGCCACCCAGGGUGUUGUGGAAAACCAGUGCCAGCACAUCAAGCUGGCAGUGAACUGCCAGGCAGAGGCCACCCCUCUGACUCUAAAGAGCUCAGUCCUGAAUGCAAUGCAGGCCUCGUCAGAAACCAAGCAAACCAUCUGGCAGUUGGCCACAGAACCCACGGGUCCUCUCGUACAGCGAAUUACUAAAAAUAUUUUGGUGGUGAAAUGCAAGGCGAGCCAGAAGCAUAGUUUGGGGUACUUGCAUAUAUCUUUUGUGCAGAAAAUCAGUUCCAAAAGCUUGCCUGAACGUCGUUUCUUCUGUUCCUGCCAGACUCUGAAAUCACACAAGUCGAAUGCCUCCAAGGAUGAGGCAGCACAGAGAUGCAUUCAUUUCUUUGCUUGCAUCUGUGCCUUUGCCAGUGACGAGACAUUGGCUCAGGAAUUCUCAGACUUCCUAAAUUUUGAUUCCAGCGGUCUUAAAGAGAUUAUUGUGCCCCAGUUGGGUUGCCAUUCAGAAUCAACAGUAUCAGCUUGUGAGUCUACUCCAUCUAAGACAAAAAAGAGGAAAAAGGAUGAUAUAUCUGGUGCACAGACGAACAGCUCACUGUUGCCUCAAGAUGCAGUGAGCAGUAAUUUAAGGAAAAGUGGCCUGAAAAAGCCUGUGGUUGCUUCUUCAUUAAAAAGGCAGGCCUGCGGUCAGCUGUUAGAUGAAGUACAGGUGACCUUAUCCUUCCAAGACUGGCUAGCCAGUGUCACAGAACGCAUCCAUCAAACCAUGCACUAUCAGUUUGAUGGCAAACCAGAGCCACUGGUGUUCCAUAUUCCUCAGUCCUUUUUUGAUGCCCUACAGCAGAGAAUAUCUAUAGGAAGUACAAAAAAACGGCUUCCCAACUCCACCACAGCUUUUGUUCGAAAAGAUGCCUUGCCACUGGGAACGUUUUCCAAGUAUACUUGGCAUAUCACUAAUAUCCUGCAAGUUAAACAAAUCUUAGAUACUCCUGAGAUGCCCUUGGAAAUUACCCGUAGUUUUAUCCAGAACCGGGAUGGGACUUAUGAGUUAUUUAAAUGCCCUAAAGUGGAAGUAGAGAGCAUCGCAGAAACCUAUGGCCGUAUAGAAAAGCAACCAGUACUGCGACCCUUGGAACUGAAAACUUUUCUCAAAGUUGGCAACACUUCCCCAGAUCAAAAGGAGCCAACCCCUUUCAUCAUCGAAUGGAUCCCAGAUAUCCUUCCCCAAUCCAAGAUUGGUGAGCUGCGGAUCAAGUUUGAGUAUGGUCACCACCGGAAUGGGCAUGUGGCAGAAUACCAAGACCAGCGGCCCCCCCUGGACCAACCCUUGGAACUGGCCCCUCUGACCACCAUCACUUUCCCUUAAGGCAAAACAAUAGUCUUUUACUGCUAAAUUUGCACAUCCCCAACCCUUGACAACUUC